GGGCAUGCAUGUCAGCCUAACGCUACUGCCUUGUAUGCUUCAUCGACGUUGCGUGUUUCAACUAUAUAAAUCCCAAGUCUAAAUAUCCUCUACUGUUCUUCGAUACGACCCCAUCGAACAGUCGCCAUCGUCAUGGACUUCUAUCCAGGGUACUUCGUGGUCACUCCGCUGCUUGCUGUACUGUCAGAAGAAGCAGCAGCAGCGAAUUACACCACAUGCGCAAAUGGUGUAAGGUCUUUCAGCCCCACCGAUCAGUUCAUCUGUGACGCAUGUCGCGCUCUGAAGUUCAGCGAUCGCGUCCUCGAGCAACCAGUGGGUGCAGUCACCCUUAUAAUCGACCGGAAGCCUUCUAGAUUCGAAUCAAUGGAGACCAUGCGUUGCGUUCUUUGUCUGGUGUUAUGUCAAAUCAUUGAAAAUUUCCAUCCCGAUGUUCACUGGGUUCCUACCGCAAUGACCAGCCCACGAUUAUUGGAGAUCCUUUGGAGGUCCUGGGCACCCGCAGCCUCCACUGAGGGAGAAAGGCCUUAUGUCAUCAUAUCUUCCCGCAGCGAUAAAGGUGGCUUCAAGCCUCAACGAGUUCCAGAGCGAUACGAUCACCGUCGCGCGAAGCUAUGGAUUGCGAAUUGCAUCGAGUCCCAUGUCCAGUGUAGCGAUGAAAGGUUUAUAAUUGAUGGAAUGCGACUCAUCGAUUGCCAGACAAUGAAGAUCGUCAACGCCACGCCUGGGGCGUGGAAACUUCAAUAAAGCUAUCACAAAAACCGCCUCACGGAGAUGUGAGUUAGUUGCCACCUGAGAUACCAAGAACAGUCAGAGACGCCAUAACCGUCACCGUCGAUGUUGGCUAUCGCUAUUUGUGGGUCGAUGAGUACUGUAUUGAUCAAGGCCACGA